CCCGAACUCCAGCUCCCGUGGUGCACCGCGCGGAGCCGGAAGUCCCCGCUCAGACUCUGAUCCGAGUCUAGUCCAGGCUCCGGUCCAGACUCUGGUCCGGACUCUGCAGACCCGGGGCCGUGCGGGGGCUCGUGCACGCUCCCGCUCCUCGUGCACGGACGCACGCGCACCGCGGAACCUCGUCACGCGCGUCCAUUCUGCAGAAGGCGCGUGCACGAUGCAGGGCGCGAGCGGCGGACGAGGCGGGCCUGCGCCCCGAGCAGGUAAGAAGAAGCCCCUGAAGCCUCAUCUGAAGAUCCACAGAGAAGUGUUUGAGCAGAACCCUGCGGCGCCCAGUCCUCCCAGAGACCUGGACUCCAAAACCUGUGUGACGGUCGGAGAAAAGAACCUGGAGGUGCAGGCGGACGACCUGGUGCAGCUGUCGGAGCUCGGCCGAGGAGCGUACGGCGUCGUCUACAAGAUGAGACACGUCCCCAGUGACAUCAUCAUGGCCGUCAAGUUGAUCAGAGCCACGGUGAACUCUCAGGAGCAGAAGAGGCUCCUGAUGGACCUGGACAUCAACAUGAGGACGGUGGACUGUCCCUACACCGUCACCUUCUACGGGGCGCUCUUCAGAGACGGCGACGUGUGGAUCUGCAUGGAGCUGAUGGACACGUCUCUGGAUAAGUUCUACAAAGAGGUGAAGGCCAAAGGGCAGAAGAUCCCUGAGGAGGUCCUGGGGAAGAUGGCCGUGUCUAUCGUCAAAGCUCUGGAGCAUCUGCACAGCCAUCUGCAGGUCAUACACAGAGAUGUGAAGCCGUCUAACGUGCUGAUCAACAGUGAAGGGCAGGUGAAGAUGUGUGACUUCGGGAUCAGCGGGUACCUCGUCGACUCUGUGGCCAAGACGCUGGACGCCGGCUGCAAACCUUAUAUGGCCCCCGAGAGGAUCAACCCCGAGACCAACCAGAAGGGCUACAACGUCAAGUCUGACAUCUGGAGUCUGGGCAUCACUCUGGUGGAGCUGUCGGUCUUGGACUUCCCGUACGGUUCUUGGGGGACUCCGUUUCAGCAGCUGAAGCAGGUGGUGGAGGAUCCGUCCCCACAACUCCCCGACACGUUCAGCCCCCCCUUCAGAGACUUCACCGCACAAUGUUUGAGGAAAGUUUCGUCCGAGCGUCCGACUUACGCCGAACUCAUGCUUCAUCCGUUCUUCACUGAACACGAGGCUCGAGACACCGACGUCGCCGCCUUCGUCAGAGGAAUCCUGGGAAACAGAGUCCAGUCCCGGUCUGAUCCUGGUCCUGAUCCUGGUCCUGAUCCUAGUCCUGAUCCUGGUCCAGGACAAGACCAAACCUAGAGCUGCCUUUGUCCCCGGUCUAGUCCUGGUCUAGUCCUGGUUUAGUUCUGGUUUAGUCCUGGUUUAGUCCUGGUCCACACUUGAGCUGACCCAGGUCUGUUUUUUGGCCGUGUCACAUUUCCUAAACUCGCCUCCUACUGCCUAGUCCCUUUCCUGUGUCCUCGCCUCCUUCUCUUGGUCCUGUUGCAUAAAAACUACAAUUAAAUUUAAACGGAUUAAAUCUCUGAAAUUUAAAACAAAAUUAUAAACCUGAAUAUUUCACAGUAUUUUUAAAACCUAAAACAGUCGUGUUAAAGAGCGACGCUUCCUCAUCACAAACAGGAAGACUCAUCCAUGUUUGAGUCAUCUAGAGAUCUCUCCUGAGCCCUAUUCAAAGCCUCCUUACUAGUCAGCGGCAGUACGAGUCUGUACAAGGCUCCGCCCCCAUGCUCCCACAGCACGAGUCUGUACGAGGCUCCGCCCACAUGCUCCCACAGUACGAAUCUGUACGAGGCUCCGCCCCCCAGGCUCCCACAGUACGAGUCUGUACGAGGCUCCGCCCACAUGCUCCCACAGUACGAGUCUGUACAAGGCUCCGCCCCCCAGGCUCCCACACAACAAUCCUCCAUAAAAACACAAAAACUCUACAAAAAACUGAACACAACAACACGACAAACCUGAUGUUUGUGCAGGAGUUUCAUUAGUGCGACGUUCUGAAGGGGGGGCAACUCAGCACAGAGAGCAAAGGGAGGAGAGAAACUUUAAAAACUUUUUAAUCUGUUGUUUUGGGCGAAAAAAACAUUUUCAGAACAAUAAAAGAAACAUGGAGAUUUAAAUAUGACACGUCCUCCUCGUUUUACCCCCAGAUAAAAACUCUGGUGUUUCUGCUGCUUUGGUUUUGUUUUUGUUUUUGUGCCUCUGUUUCAAACCAAUGAAAUAUUUUUGUGUGAAAUUUGAAGAAAUGUAAAAAUUUCUCAGUUUUUUGUUUUGUUUGUUUUUCUCAAAUGAAAUGAAAUAUUCUUGUGAUAUUUUUGGAGUAAAUGUUUAUUUUGAGUG